AUGGUUGCGGGUGCCGACACGGGAGCUGCUACGUACAAUGCGGCCCUCAAGCGCCGUCAAGCCAUGAUGGGGGCGUCCGGUCCUAUGGCCCUGGUCACGAAUUUCAAGGUAUUCAGGGUCGCCCUCUUUGCCUGUAUCGGUGGUGUCCUCUAUGGCUACAACCAAGGCAUGUUCUCGGGUGUCCUGGCUAUGCCCGCUUUCAAGGCACAUAUGGGCGAGUACGAUCCAUUCGAUGACUCAGCCGAUCAGACUAAGAAGGGAUGGUUAACUGCUAUUCUCGAGCUCGGUGCCUGGGUCGGCACACUGCUGUCGGGCUUCGUCGCGGAGGCCCUCUCGCGGAAAUACGGGAUCUUGGUGGCAGUGACAGUCUUCAUUCUCGGGGUCGUCAUCCAGGCAACGGCGCAAUCCGGCGGUCACAACGUGAUCCUCGCGGGCCGUUUCAUCACCGGUAUGGGUGUCGGCUCGUUAGCCAUGAUCGUGCCCAUAUACAAUUCUGAAGUGGCCCCCCCAGAGGUCCGCGGCGCGCUCGUGGCACUCCAACAACUUGCAAUCACCUUUGGCAUAAUGGUAAGCUUCUGGAUUGACUACGGCACCAAUUACAUUGGAGGAACCACCCUCGGUACCCAAAUAGACGCUGCCUGGCUUGUGCCAAUCUGCCUGCAGCUCUUCCCGGCGGUCAUCCUGUUCGCGGGAAUGAUAUUCAUGCCCUUCUCGCCGCGUUGGCUUGUGCACCAUGAUCGAGAGGAAGAAGCACGCAGGGUUCUGGCGAAUCUACGUGGUCUCGCCCCGGACCACGAGCUUGUCGAGCUCGAAUUCCUCGAGAUUAAGGCUCAGUCGCAAUUCGAGAAGCGCACCAUAGCGGAACAUUUCCCCCAUCUGAGGGAGCAAACACCGUGGAACACCUUCAAGCUCCAGUUUGUGGCCAUAAAAUCCUUAUUCCAGACGAAGGCGAUGUUCAAACGUGUCGUAGUGGCCACCGUGACCAUGUUCUUCCAGCAGUGGACCGGCAUCAACGCCGUCCUAUACUACGCACCCAGUAUCUUCAAGCAGCUUGGGAUGGACGAUAACGUCACUAGGCUAUUGGCUACCGGCGUCGUUGGGAUUGUCAUGUUCGUAUCCACUGUGCCGACAGUGUUGUACAUCGAUCGUGUAGGGAGGAAGCCCGUCCUGGCGGUGGGCGCUGUCGGGAUGGCCACCUGCCACAUCAUCAUUGCCGUUAUUGUCGCUAAGAACGCGAGCCAAUGGGCAACUCAGUCUGCGGCUGGCUGGGCUGCCGUCGUCAUGGUCUGGCUCUUCGUCGUACAUUUCGGAUACUCUUGGGGACCCUGCGGAUGGAUCAUCGUGGCCGAGAUCUGGCCGCUUAGUUCUCGUCCUUAUGGGGUCUCGCUCGGCGCCUCCAGCAAUUGGAUGAACAAUUUUAUUGUCGGCCAAGUUACGCCUAUCAUGCUUAACGAGAUUGGCUAUGGCACGUACAUUCUCUUCGGACUUCUCACAUUCAUAGGUGCUGCCUUUGUCUGGUUUUUCGUACCUGAGACGAAGAGACUGACACUCGAAGAAAUGGAUGUUAUAUUCGGCUCUGAAGGCACCGCCCAGGCCGACUUUGAGCGUAUGGAGGAGGUCAACAGAGACAUUGGGCUUACUUCCAUGCUCCAGGGCCUCGGUGACGGCCCGGGCAAUCACGGCAAAUUAGAGAAAAAGGAGAUCACCGAAGAUGGUCAACAGUGA